CGGCGGCCGGGCCGGGCGGGGCAGGCGGGCGGGGGCGCCAUGUGGCUGACGUACGCGCUGAGCUGGCUGUCGCUGCUGGUGCAAGUGGCCUUCGUCACCCUGGCCGUGGCCGCGGGCCUGUACUACCUGGCGGAGCUCAUCGAGGAGUACACCGUGGUCACGAGCCGGAUCAUCAAGUACAUGAUCUGGUUCUCCACGGCGGUGCUGGUCGGCUUGUACCUCUUCGAGCACUUCCCGGGCUUCAUGGUGGGCGUGGGGCUUUUCACCAACCUCGUCUACUUCGGCCUGCUCCAGACGUUCCCCUUCAUCAUGCUGACGUCGCCCAACUUCAUCCUGUCCUGCGUGCUGGUCGUAUUGAAUCACUACUUAGCCUUCCAGUACUUUGCUGAGGAGUAUUACCCCUUCUCAGAGGUCCUCGCCUACUUCACCUUCUGCCUGUGGAUAAUCCCCUUCGCGUUUUUUGUGUCCUUGUCGGCCGGAGAGAACGUGCUUCCCUCCACCAUGCAGCCUGGAGAUGACGUGGUCUCGAACUACUUCACGAAGGGGAAGAGGGGCAAACGCUCCGGCAUCCUCAUCAUCUUCUCCUUUGUCAAGGAGGCCAUCCUACCCAGCCGACAGAAGAUCUACUGAGCCCACCCGCGGGCAGCGUUGGCCGUGGUGAGGGAGGACCCAGUGGGUGUGGGGUACAAACGUCAGUGCUGUCCCUGGGCUUCACCUGAAUCCCCCACCCUCCCCCAGAGAUUUUGUUAGUUAUGUAUAAACUGCAGUGGCUGGAGGCAGCUGCCACGGGGAAUGGGCGCCCAUGGAGGGGGCUCGAUGCCUCUUUGUGGAGCACAGAAGGCUACUUUUUUAUCUCGCUCCCGUGGGCUUCUGGCCCUGUUCUGAUCAGGAGCGCGGCAGCUUCCCAGGGCCACGGCUUUGGCUCAGAGACUGCGAAGUGAGGCAGCAGCGUCUGUUCUUUGUUCCAAGCCGAACGCCUUUGCGUGUCCGGGGCAGACUCCCCUUGGGAUGGCCGCAGCCAGGCGCUCGGCGGUGUGCUGGGUUUGCAGAAAGCCACGAUCCGAAAAAUAAAUCGCCAAGCUCUUGAGUCCCUGAACCUCUCUGCCUGGAAGGGCGCGGGGGGCGGGCAGCACUGGCUGCAACCGGCAGCUCUGCGAUUCGGGCACAGGCUGAGACCGUGGUGUCUGAGUGUGGGGGAGUCUGGGGCACUUGUAGCCCUGCAGGGACCUGCAUUGGCAGCUCUCCUGCUGCUUCUUGACAGUGCAUAAAGAUAGCCUGCCACAGUGCGUGAGAUUCAGCUGGUUUGAAUAUUAGAAAUAUCAGCUUUUCUCCCCUGGUUUUGCUGCUUGCAGGACUCGGUUGCAACAGAGCGUCCCCCAGAGCCUGUCUUCCCAACGCCGGCUCUUUGGAGGGAAAUUGGGGUUGAGAAAACAGCCUGGGGUUAGAAACCAGGCAACACUCACUUCCUCACUAUCGGGGGUCACUGGCCAGGCAGCUCCAGUGCCGCCUGGUUCUCCGGUCACCCACAGUCUUCCUGGAUGCAGAGUAGAAUAGACCUCGCCUCCCAGAGCGAAAGCAGAGGUUACGGGGGACCUCAUUGGCCUCACUUUCUGCGUUGUAAAGAAUUAAGAGCCUAACCUUGUUAUUGCUGGUCUCCGUUAACCGUUGGGUCAGGGCUAGAGGGGUGCCAGUGUGGGUGUGCUGCUGCUGCUGGCACUUUAUGUCUGUACCACCCUUUCCCUUCGCGAGGGUUUCUCAAGACUGCGAGGAGCGUAUCUGUUUCCUCACACGGGUCAGUGCUGGGUGAAGGCCAUGAAGAAGCGUUAGGCAUAACCUGUGUAUCAAGAACCCUGGCCGUGGCUUUCCCUGGGGGUCCUAUGACAAUAUCAUUCAUCCUUAAUUGAAGGGAAGUGCGAUUCCCAUGCAAGUACCGAGUCUCUGUUUGAAUAAAGGUUCUAGACUGA